UGCGUGUAAAAUGAUUGAUUGAAUAAUUUUGACGCAAAGGACUUUACGAACUUUUUGUAACACCAUAAAACAACUCAAAAUUCUGCAUCGCUGGACGAUGAUAGUGGAAACAAAUAUGACGGAAAUAUAGGAAGACAUAUGAUGACGGUGUUAUUGAUGUAUUUUUCGUUACAAUAGCUGUUAUUUGGAGAGAAACUACGAAGAAAACUGAAGGAGUUUUCCGCUAACGAGUCGAGAGCGGGAACGGAGCAAACUCCGCGGAAGUAUGAGGACCGCGCGAGGUGUGAAACCGCCCUGGACCAGCGGGGCAGCGCUCCCUGGAAAAUUACGAUGGAAUCUAAAUGGAUGCUGGAAACUGAUUUUGACUUUGAUUUUGUGUAACGUCCUUAUCAUCGAUAGCGUAUCAGGAGCUUGUGACUGUGAGACUGACUGUGCAUCAAGCUGUACUGCUGGCCAGUAUUGGGAUAGUAAUGCUACAGCAUGCUUUGAAUGCCCACCAGGAUAUUAUUGUACAGGAGGAGGUGAUCCUAGAUUACCAUGUUCAGGGGGCACCUACAACAGCCUGGCCAGCCAGACAUCGGAAUCAGCUUGCAUGGUAAGUGGUUAA